CUUCUCUCUGGUUCAAAUGUAAGCAGAGCAGAAGUCACGUAUGUUGGGGUAUGCAACGCAAAUAAACUUAAAAUGAAUGAGAAUCUGGAAAACAUCAAUCCAAAGCUCUAUAAGAGAUUGAAUGACAGAGAAAUCACAGCCGAAGAGCAAGACGAAGAUGUCGCGGAUGAAUUUGACGCAAGAGAGAUUUUCGACAUAAUCAGGAACAUCAAUGAUCCAGAACAUCCUUUAACUUUGGAAGAAUUAAAUGUAGUAGAACAGAGCCUCAUCGAGGUGGAUGAUAAAGGAAACAAAGUGGAUGUAAAGUUUACACCCACGAUACCUCAUUGUAGUAUGGCUACUCUAAUUGGAUUGUCAAUUCGUGUACAAUUGCUGCGUGCUCUACCUGCCAGGUUCAAGGUUAGUGUGAAAAUAUCCCCUGGUACUCAUGUCUCGGAGGAAGCAGUAAACAAACAACUCGCGGAUAAAGAAAGAGUGGCUGCAGCUUUAGAAAAUUCAAUGUUACUUAAUGUGAUCAAUCAGUGCUUAGCUCCAAAAAAUUAACAAUAUAAAUUAAGAUUUUUAUAACAUUGAUGUGUCUAAGUUAUUUUACAUAGAUAUGUACACAUAUAUGUGUGUAUAAAACAUAUAUGGCUAUGUAAAACAACAGCACAUCAUUGUUAUAGAUAUAAGAAUACAUAUAUAUGUGUAUAUGUAUAUAUAGCUUUA